CAAUUUUAAAUAAAACUUCAUAGGUACAGAAUAUAUAAAAUACCAAUCUGCGCCAACUAUACGUAAUUGAAUCAGGCAUUGAUCUGGAGUAAUUGGAUUACUUGUGGAAGCCACAUUUAAUGUGUUUAGUGUGCCGAUACAAUGGUUGACGCAGGUGGUGUGGUCAAGAACGGUGCUUACAAAUAUGAUGAUGGUACAAGAUACGUUGGUGAUUGGAAUGGCAGGGGCUUGAAACAUGGAGCUGGAUCAUUGGCAUUGGUUGACGGAACUCGGUACGACGGUGCCUUUCAAAAUGGCUUGUGUUCUGGGCUUGGUGUUAUUGUAUUUCCAGAUGGAGCAAAGUAUGAAGGAGAAUUCAUGCAGGGCUGGUUUCAUGGACAUGGCGUAUUCUGGCGUGCUGAUGGUAUGAAGUUUGAGGGAGAGUUUCGAGGUGGCAGAGUAUGGGGACUAGGUCUGGUAACUUAUGCUGAUGGUUCGCACGGCUUUCCAAGAAACGAAGGCUUUUUUCAGGAUUGCAGAUUAGUGCGCCGUAGACGAUGUCCAGAAGUCAUUCAGAAAGCCCAAAAAAUCUCUAUGAUGGCUAGAGCACAGUGUGAUGCUGCAUAAAUUUUUGUCAUAAGAAUAUGACUAGUUUGAAAAUUUCUGGGCCUCUGCUAUUCGAAUGAGGACACUAUAUCGUCCCAUUAUAGAAUUAAAUUUACUCCUCAUAAAUUCAAAUAAAUACCUGUAAUGAUCAUAACUUGUGUUUAAUGGGUACUCGUAAGGAUAUGUGUACGUAUAGGUAUACCAAAUGGAUAGUCAAAAGUUUUCCAGUUAUGUACAAGUCAAUUUGUACGGUCAAUAGAUGGUGUUUAGGCAUAUUAUG